AUGGCGAAACGAGGAUUUGACACGGAAUAUUCGGUUCUAGACGAUGCGAGGGGGGAUUCGGAGGAGUGCAAACGGCACAAAAUCGAAACGGACGACUCCGUGGUCAGGCUUCAGGAGUUAUUGAGCGUUCUUAGUAAAAAGGUGGAAACUAUUGAACAGACCCUGGUUGAAGACAGAGAGGCGAGCAAAGCAAGCAUUCGACAGCUAGAAGAUGACCUAGCGCGAGAGAGGAUUGCGAGGGAGGAGAAGGAAAUGGAGGUGCAUGCGUUGUCAGCGCGACUGGCUCUAGCAGAGGAAGCGCUGGUUUGGCGGAAAGAGGAAUUGCGGAAGAUCUGGGAGGCAAUCCCAGAAGCCGCUCGUCACCUUCCCACAGAAGAGGACAUGCAAAUCGUCAAUCUCCACCCCGAAACCACCGAAAUCACGCUCAACGACCCUUCCCGCGUGACACCGUUUGGUUUCCUGCGCCUCUCCUGCAUGCGAUCCCUCAAGAACAUCUCCGUUAUGGGCAAUCUCGAAAAGCCUGCUCUUCUGCGCCUCUACUCAAUGACAUGGCUGGAGGAGCUGCGACUGGAUUCGGUCUCUGAGCCCUUGUUGCCAGAAAUUGCGAAUCUUAAAGCCCUUCGCCAUCUGGAGUUGCGUGAUACUCCGAUCAUCUAG